AUGUUCAGACAAUCUAUACGCCAAGUAGCCAAACAAUCCAUAUCUGUUGCAAGAAGAUCAUAUGCUACUGAGGCAGCUCCAUCAUCAGAUGCAUUGAAAUUAUCAUUAGCUUUACCAUUCCAAACUUUAUAUGCUAAUGCAGAAGUCGAACAAGUAAAUUUACCAUCAAUUAAUGGUGACUUAGGUAUAUUAGCCAACCAUAUUCCAAUUGUUGAACAAUUGAGACCAGGUUUAUUAGAAGUCGUUCAAAAAGGAGGAGAAACUGAACAAUAUUUUGUAAGUGGAGGAUUAGCAAUGGUACAACCAGGUAAUAAAUUAACUAUAAGUGCAAUCGAAGCUUUCAAACCAGAUCAAAUUGAUGCUAAUGCCGUAAAAAAUUUAAUUGCUGAUGCACAAAAAAGAGCUGAUUCCGGUGAUGAUGUAGUUGCAGCUGAAGCUAAUAUUGAAUUGGAAGUUUUAGAAGCAUUACAACAUGUUGCUAAGUAG